ACCAAAACCCUAAAUUCCCAAUCCUUGAUUUCCCUGCACAAACCCUACUCACUACACCCAUGACGAAGGUUUACGGCACCGGAACAUACGAUUUCCGCCGUCACAGAGUAGCGGAGUACCCAUUGGCAGAACCAAAAGCAGGAGAGCGGAGUCAAAAAGGAGGUGGCGGUGGCAGUUUACAGAGCACAGUAACUGUUUCUGAGAUUCAACGAGACCGUCUCACUAAGAUUGCUGAAUCGAACUGGUUGAAAACUGAUGAGAAGAAGAAAGAUUUCGAUCCAGAGCUUGUUGUGAAGAUUUAUGAAACGGAGUUGUUGGUGAAAGAAGGUCAAGGUAAUAAACCUGUUCCUCUUCAGAGAGUUAUGAUUUUGGAAGUUAGUCAGUAUUUGGAGAAUUACCUCUGGCCGCAUUUCGAUCCUCUUAGUGCUACUUUUGAGCAUGUUAUGUCAAUCAUCAUCAUGGUCAAUGAAAAGUUCCGAGAGAAUGUUGCUGCUUGGGUUUGCUUCCAUGAUAGGAAAGAUGUUUUCAAAGAAUUUCUUGAGAGGGUUGUUCGAUUAAAGGAGGGAAGAGAACUGAAUAUUGCAGAGAAGACAAAUUACCUUGUUUUCAAUCUGAAAGUUUAA